UCACUUUUCGGCACCCGAUAGUAUUUUGAUGUAUUUACGUGACAGAGUGGUACGUCUUCUCAGACUAGACUAUCGCCAGUGGCAGGCUGCGCUGUGACGCGGCGCUCCGGCUGGAGGUUGUCAGGGAGGAACACUCGCAUCUCUAACCGAGCCGUGUAUGGCUCUCCAGCCAAUGAUGGAUUCCUCACCUGAGCCGAUGUAAACAGAUUAAGUUGUUGACAUCAGCCUCAGACUGGAGGACAGGAGAUGAAACAGUGCGGUUUCAGACAACAACAUGAGUAUUCAGAGUCUAGGGGGAGCGAUAGGCGAGUCCCUGGGCUCUAGCCUGUCAGUGCGUAUGAGCGGAGGUGGCGGCUGGAGUUCCCUCGCUCUCAAGUCUUCUGGACGGAUCACCUCUCUGCUCAACACCAUGGUCCCCACUGGCUACAUGAAGCUGCAGGAGGAGCGGCUGUCAAUGGUGGAUCUCGGACCUAAACCGGAGUCCAACCUGCACCAGAAUGGCUACAGACAAGAGACUACCCACAUAGACAGCCGCCGGAUCCUGGACCGGGCCUCUAGAUCCUCACUGUCAUUAUCAGACUGUGGGGAUGGAGCUUAUUCUGAACUGGAGCCCAUGUUGGCAGAGAGGAGGCUCUCUGGGGAGGAAGCGGAUGAAGAGGCAAAGGAAGAUGAGGAGCAAGGGCUGGCGACCUCGGAGCCCAACAUGCCAAAGGAGUCUCCACUUGCCAUGGCUUUGCAAAUAUUGGUGCCUUUUCUACUGGCUGGAUUUGGGACUGUCUCUGCUGGGAUGGUGCUGGAUGUAGUUCAGCACUGGGAAGCGUUUCAGUACAUCACCGAAAUCUUCAUCCUGGUUCCGGCGCUGCUCGGCCUGAAGGGAAACCUCGAGAUGACUCUGGCAUCCAGACUCUCAACAGCGGUGAACGUUGGCAAGAUGGAUUCUCCCAUCGAGAAGUGGAAUCUAAUAAUAGGCAACCUGGCGCUGAAACAGGUCCAGGCCACUGUUGUGGGCUUCAUGGCAGCUGUAGCAGCUGUGGUUCUGGGCUGGAUCCCAGAGGGGAAGUUCCAGAUGAGCCACGCAGUGCUGCUGUGCUCCAGCAGUGUGGCCACGGCCUUCAUCGCUUCCAUGCUGCAGGGGUUCAUCAUGGUGGGUGUGAUUGUGGGCUCCAAGAAGACGGGUAUUAAUCCAGACAACGUGGCCACACCCAUCGCGGCCAGUUUCGGUGACCUCAUCACUCUGGCCAUCCUGGCCUGGAUCAGCCAGGGACUCUACAAGUGCCUCGAUUCCUACCCGUACGUUUCAUCGCUGGUUUGUGCCUUCUUCAUGUGUCUGACCCCGCUGUGGAUCGUCGUCUCGUCUAAGCACCCGGCCAGCCGCACCCUGCUCUACUCCGGAUGGGAGCCAGUCAUCACUGCCAUGCUCAUCAGCAGCAUUGGAGGCCUCAUCCUGGACAAAACAGUGUCCGACCCGAAUUUGGCUGGAAUCGUGGUGUACACUCCAGUAAUCAAUGGUAUUGGAGGAAAUCUGGUUGCCAUCCAGUCCAGUCGGAUCUCCACUCACCUCCAUUUCCACUGUGCUCCUGGAGAAGUCCCAGACGAGGCCAAAGGCUGCUACUAUCCCUGCCGCACUUUCUUCGGCACAGGUGCUAAUCAUCGCUCGGCCCAGGUUCUCCUGCUUCUGGUCGUUCCCGGGCACCUGAUAUUCCUCUACACCAUCCACCUGAUGAAGAGCGGACACACCACGCUGACUCCCAUCUUCAUGUCCGUUUACCUGGCUGCUGCUCUGCUGCAGGUGUUGCUGUUGUUGUGCAUCGCAGACUGGAUGGUCCACUCCAUGUGGCGCAGUGGAAAAGACCCGGACAGUUUCUCCAUCCCCUACCUGACCGCGCUGGGGGAUCUGCUGGGCACCGCCCUGCUGGCCCUCAGCUUCCACUUCCUGUGGGUGAUCGGCGAUCAGGACAGUGACGUGGGAGACUGACGUGACACGUCCGCUUCUCUGCGGAUGUGGCCGGACUCUGUAGCACUUUUCCGUGCUGUUCCAAGCGCAUGACGGUUUUGGAUGGACUUGUUUUUUGUUUUUUUUUCUACUCUGCACAGACUCUGAUCCCACGAAGACUCUUCUCAUUUGAGAUUUAAUCUGCGUCAUUUGCACCAAAGGCCCUUUUAUUUAUUCCCCUGGAGCAGGAUGACACCAGCAGACACGUCGUCUCCUCUGUAGCAUCGUCUCUACCAGCAACGAAAGGGAACAAGAGCAUGACUUCUUUUGGUGGGAUUAUCACUUUGUUUAUGUUGUUAUUAAACUUGGAAACACAUGUGUGAAGUUAUUUCUGGGUUCUCAUCCAGAGGUGUGUUGAGGUUUUGGAUUCUUCAAGUCUUUUCUCUGUACCGAUAGGUGAGGUCUGGUGAGACAAAUGACUGACUGGGAAUGGUAACGCAGAAGAAAAAUAAUUGUAACAGCCUUCAAGUUCUAUUUAUGUAUAACAUUUGUCUUUGAUAGUGACAUUGUAUAAACUUUUUAUCCUACAAAUAAGAAUUAUUUUAAAUGGUCUGAAGAUUACAAAUUGUAUAAACAAAUUUUUAGAAAUCCUUUUUUUUUUAAGUUUAAAUACUUUGAGUUGGUACCAAAUAUAUUCUCAACAUACAAAGAUGAUGUUAAGAAUUAUAUAUUAAGAGCAGAACUGAAGUGUUUA